AUGCCGCGGGACGCUCUUUCCUUUGAGCUGCAGCUAUCGGCGGGGCUUGAGGCUACCGAACAUAAGCUCGAUAUGCUCACACGCCUGCUACGGCGCACACAUGUAGCCGUCAAACACCCAUUGCUUGCCUCCAGAGCCUUCCACACGUCUCCUGCCCUCCGCGCCAUCGACAUGGCCAAAGUUGACACCACCGAGCGGCUCGCCGAGCUCCGCAAGCUCAUGAAGGAGCGCAAAGUCGAUGUCUACACAUACAUCAGCGGCUUUACUGGCUCUGCCGGCUAUGCAGUUGUCACACACGACAAGGCGGCCCUCGCGACCGACGGCCGGUACUUCAACCAGGCUGAGAAGCAGUUGGACAGCAACUGGGAACUGUUGAAGCAGGGCAUACAGGACGUACCCACCAUCCAGGAAUGGACCGCAGACCAGGUAGAAGGAGGCAAAGUCGUGGGCGUCGACCCUAGUGUGGUGACGGGGGCCGAUGCCCGCAAGCUCGCCGAGAAGAUCAAGAAGAAGGGCGGCGAAUACAAGGCCGUGGACGACAACCUUGUGGACCUGGUGUGGGCAGCUGAGCGUCCCGCGCGUCCUAGCGAGAAGGUCAUUGUGCAGCCCAUGGAGUACUCGGGCAAGUCGUUCGACGAGAAGGUUGAGGACCUGCGCAAGGAGCUCGAGAAGAAGAAGAGCCUCGGCUUUGUCGUUUCUAUGCUGGACGAGGUCGCGUGGCUAUUCAACCUCCGUGGUAACGACAUCCCAUACAACCCAGUCUUCUUCUCCUACGCCGUCAUUACCCCAACAGUGGUCACGCUCUACGUCGACGAAAGCAAGCUCCCGAAAGAGGUCAAGGAUCAUCUAGGGGAUAAGGUCGCCAUUCGCCCCUAUGAGGCCAUAUUUGGGGAUAUCACUGCCUUGAGCAAAGAUGCGUUUGAGGCGGCGGAUGCAGAUGCGACAAAGAAGUUUCUUACCUCGAAUCGUGCAUCAUGGGCAUUGAACAAGGCGCUCGGCGGGGACGACAAGGUGGAGGAGAUCAGGAGUCCUAUUGGGGAUGCUAAAGCAGUCAAGAACGAGGUCGAACUCGAGGGUAUGCGCCAAUGUCAUAUUCGCGACGGCGCAGCUAUCUCCGAGUACUUUGCCUGGCUCGAGGACCAAUUGCUCAACAAGAAGGCUACGCUUGAUGAGGUGGAUGGGGCAGACAAGCUCGAAGCCAUUCGGAAGAAGCACGACAAGUUCAUGGGGCUAUCCUUUGACACCAUCUCGUCCACUGGACCAAACGGCGCUGUCAUCCACUAUAAGCCGGAGAAGGGAGCGUGCUCGAUCAUCGACCCAAAUGCCAUCUACCUGUGCGAUUCCGGUGCGCAAUACCACGACGGCACCACUGACACCACGCGGACGCUGCAUUUUACCAAGCCCACGGACAUGGAGAAGAAGGCAUACACUCUCGUCCUCAAGGGCAACAUCGCUCUUGAGCGUGUCAAGUUCCCCAAGGGCACCACUGGCUUCGCGCUGGACUCUAUCGCUCGCCAGUUCUUAUGGGCUGAAGGUCUCGAUUACCGACACGGCACUGGUCAUGGUGUUGGCUCAUUCCUCAAUGUACACGAAGGCCCGAUUGGUAUAGGUACCAGGGUGCAGUACUCCGAGGUCUCGUUAGCGGUCGGUAAUGUCAUCUCGGACGAGCCAGGCUACUACGAGGACGGUAAGUUCGGUAUCCGGAUUGAGAACAUGAUUAUGGUCAAAGAGGUGGAGACGAACCACAAAUUUGGCGACAAGCCGUAUCUAGGAUUCGAGCACGUCACCUUGACUCCACACUGCAGGAAUCUCGUCGACAUGACCCUGCUCACGGAAGACGAGAAAAAGUUCAUCAACGACUACCACAAGGAGGUCUUCGAGAAGACGAGCAAGUUCUUUGAGAACGACAAAUUGACUAUGGACUGGCUCAAACGCGAAACCGCGCCGUACUGAGAAGACGGCAUGUUGGAGCAUGACACAAGAUUUUGCAUUCGAUAGGACUCGUCUUGGGCAUGUAAGAGGGAUUGGCAUUGCAUCGGCGCAUUUCAGCAUCGCACAUCUUCAGCAUGUUGCCGGGCGUUCCAGUCGUUGAAUAUCUUUCCAACUCUGUUGUCGCAAUGCAGUCAUAAAUAUACCCCUGUUACACCAGGCACGAA